AUUAUUACUAUUUUGGGGAUAUUACUAAUUAAUUAUUGCGUCGUUUUUUAAAAAAUCGUAAAUUUUCAUAAUUUUGUAACCAGUCAAUAAGCUCGUACAUCAGCAGUGCCAAAAUAUGGACAUUAGUCUCACGGAUCCUUGGAUUACACUAACCAUUAAAGCGCCAAACCAACAAAUCAAUGAUCAUACAAUAAAAUGUAAAUUGGACUGGUCAGUAGCAAAACUCAAAGGGUACAUUCAUGAAACUUAUCCAAACAAACCAAAAACAGAGGACCAAAGACUAAUAUACUCUGGUCAGCUCUUAACUGACGGUGUUAUUCUAAAAGACGUUUUGAGACCAUAUGACGAAGAUGGACAACUCAAUCGUACUGUUCAUUUAGUUUGUUCAUCUUCGUCUUGUUGUGUUCCACUUAAAGAAAAAAUUAAAAGUGAGGAAAGUGUUAAUGAAAUUAAUGGCAAAUGCCCUAAGUCGAAUGAAGUUAACUACGGUGCUAGUACUUCUGGAAUUAGUACCUCUGCAGAUACUAAUCAAGGAGCUCGCCAAGAAGCUAGUACCUCUUCAAACAAUAAACAAGAAAAUAAACCAAUCCAAAGUCAAACCAAAACUAAUAGAAAUGUUAACCAUAUUCCAUUGACACCUGAACAACUAGCACUUGAGCAAGUAUUGUGGGUGAAUAAAAUGUAUGCUGUACAAAUGGCAGAAUAUUGGCAAUCGGUUGCGUCAAGUUUAGGUGCUCCUACACAAUUGACUACUCCAACUGUUGAAAAUGAAUCACCUUCUCAAGAUUUACCAAAUAAUAAUAAUAACAACAAUCAACCAGCAGACCAAAACCUACCCGCUAAUAAUGCAAAUAUAAAUAUACAAGAUGCUGGACCCAAUCAAGAUUGGUUAGAUUGGUUAUAUGUAUCCAGCAGAGUAUUUAUUUUCAUAAGUGUUCUAUACUUCUACUCAUCACCUGGCCGUUUUAUUGUUGUUGCUGGCUUUGCGCUUAUUUUAUAUUUGUAUCAAAGUGGAAUUUUAAGACACAUUAAUGAGCAUAAUAGAAKGAGGUUUCAACCUGAACCACAAGAACAGCAUGUCGAUGACAACAGGAACUCAUCACAAGUACAGAAUGGAAAUACUGAAGACAUUGCAGUAAGACAAAAUGAACGUUUAAUAACUACGUUAUGGACAGUAGUUAGUACAUUUUUUACUUCUCUCAUACCCCAACAACCAGAUAUAAUAUAAGUUUUAAAUAAAUCAUAUGUAAAAAAAUUAACAUAUUAAAUAAAUAUGUAUAUUUACUAUUGU